UUAAGUAGUAACAUUAAAAACAUUUUUUCAACAAAUAUUGAUCAAAAAUCAAAAUGUGCACGGCAUAAUUUGACAGUGACGUUUAAAAAUUGAGAAUCGUUCUCAAUCUAAACGAUUCAACUGAAAACUAAGCAUUAAAAGCAAGAAUAACAUCAUUUCGCAUUUAUUCAUUAAGCAAGAAAGAUGAACAAGAAGUUGAUAGUGACUCUGAGUGUUAUCACAACUUAUGUGAUUAUUUGUGGAUUAUUUAUUAAAUUUUUCAGAGAAAGCGAUUCUUAUGGCACACGAUUUUGCUCAAGUGACAAGAAAAAGUUUUCAGAUCAAUUUCUUUUAACUGAAAUCAUAAAAAGUAAUUCGUCAAAAUUAUGGCGAAAUGGUGAAGACUUUGAUUACAUAAAAUAUAUGUCAGUUCAUCGUGGACGACCUUUAUGUGGAGGAUUAGAGUAUGUAUCGUUGGAUAGAGUUUUAGCUGAUCCGGAUUAUGAAUUAAACUUUAGAGGAAUGAUCAUCAUCGAUCGCCAAACGUACGACCACGAAAGAUACUGUCUAGAAAAGGUUGAUGAUGAUCCAGAUGGAUGGAAGUUGAUGAUUUGCCACAGUGAUGUUCUUUAUCAUAGAAUAUUUCAUGCAACUGUAAUUUUCCUCUCGAUUUUGCUGUUUGGAUUCACAAUAUUCACAUAUGCUAAAAACGAGGAGUUGAGAGAUUUCAAAGGAAAAGCAGUUAUUGGACUUAUGUUGGCAGAAAUUCUUGCGUAUUCAACGCAUUCGAUUAGAUUUCUUGCACAAAGUCAAUACAACAUGAUUUUGAUUUCAGCAUCUUUAAUGGGUCUGCUGCAAAUUCUUCUGUGGAUUACAGUUUUGGUUGUUCACGAGUUUAUUGCAUUUAAAAAUUUCAAGAAUGCAGCAAAAACUGAACAAAAAUUUAGAUUCUAUGCUUUAAUCGAGAUCCUAUUCACCAUCUUAUUUACAAUCCUAAUCAUUUCCACAAAUAUAAAUCAUCAACGUUCAAUCUCAGUCGACUAUUUUUUCAUUGCAAUCUUUUUCAUCGGUGCUUUUGAUUUGAUUGUUCUUAUCAUAACUGGAAUCAUGAUUUUAAUUAUUUCACGGAGCAUGACACUUUCAGACCAAUCGAGAUUCAAAAAUGAGAAAAAGUGGUUUUGGAUUACUGUAAAGCUGUCACUUAUCAUGUUAAUAACUUGGCCUUUUCAAACGCUUGACUGGCUUAUUGAAUUUCACUUGCAUGGCUUCAUGAUCCAAGAUUCUAUAUUAUUAUUAACAGCUAUUACAGCUACCAUCAUUUUGUUGUCGAGAAAGAAAGUUAGGAAUUUGAUGUUCGGACAGUAUCAAGGAAUAAAUGAUACGGAAGCAUGAAUAUGUAACUCGUUACAAGGGACUCAGGUUUAAACCUACCUCAACAUCAAAACAUAUUCAGCAUCAGUUAAAUUAUCAUCAUUUACUCAUUGCCCAAAUUCGAG